UAAAAAAUAUGGAAAACAAAACGAAGGAAAAGGUCAUUGCUAUCAAACGCACCAUAUAUGAAUUGAAUAAAACUCAAGCAGAAAUAAUGGACAGGAUGACAUCAAAAAGCAUGAGUAGUACUUCAAUGCUGGCUGUUGUCUCAAAAGAAAUAACACAAUUGGAAGAACAUGUUAGUCGAGUUGAAUCAGACACUCAGUCCAUUGAAUAUACAAAAAAUCUGGACAACGUUACAAAGCUAAUGUCUAACUUGUUGAUGAAAACUACUAGAUUAAACACACUUGUAGUAAAUCUACAAAAAACGACGGCCUUUGAUGAGAAUAGUGGUAAAUGUGGUUCUAGUGAUCUUUUGACUGAAGAUAAAUCUGUGUGUUUCUCAAAUGUACUGGACAGAAAUUCAUCCGCAAAGAUAGAUACUAUACCAUCCAGAAAACAUUGUGAGGAAUCUGAAGAAGAUAAUACCGAAUAUAGACUAGAUAAUGAAUGUUGUAGCGGUGACGCUAAUAUCCAUAACCGUUCCAGUUAUAUGAAUGGUAGGACAGUACAACUACUGACACAUAAUGCAAUAAAGAAUGAAUCCAAUGUCAUCCAUAACGAACCUAUCAAAGCACAAAGCGAUACAAGAAACAUUAAUAAAUUGAAAGGGGAUAGUUAUAACGUUAAAGCUCAACAAUCUUCACUUUUAAAGAGCAGUGGUGAAGAAAAUGUUGUAAAAGAAAAUGAAAACGGACAAGACAACCCAUUAUGUACAUUAAACAAGGACGUUGGUUAUAAGGAUUUGCCUGAGAUUGAAAAUUGUAACAUAUCAAAUUCAAAAAGCAGGAUUCAUAAAAAUGAAUCUGGCUAUAAGUGUAAGACCCCGAAUACACAAAACGACAACCGCGUUAGCUUUCAUAAUAAUCAGGAAAGUUUUAAAGGGGAUAUAGAUAAAAGCUUUUGCAAUAUAGACGUUCAAAUAGAAGAAUCGAUUGUACCAAAUAUAAAACCGACAUCACACAAUAAAGUUGACGUAAAACCUAUGAUGACGUCUGCAACAUCAUAUAGUUCGUUCUGGCGAUCAAGAAGAAGAGCGGAUGAUGAAGACAUUGAUGGUGAACGACUAUUUAAAGGUGAUCAACCAAAAACUCUAAGUGGGUGGUAUCAUUAUUUCAGACAAAUAAAAGCAUAUGCUUCAGCUAGAGUAAGGUCAGGAGUAGUCAGACAGGGAAGAGGGCAUGAUGUUAUUUUAGUAUUAGAUAUAUCUGAACGAAUGACAGAGUAUUUCCAAUCAAUGAAAUCAGCGGCUUUGCAGUAUGUUUAUGGAAUUAAACAGCUUUCAGGGAUGGAAAAUGGCAUUGGUUUAGCAGUCUUUGGAAAACAAACACGACUGAUACAAGAAGCAACAGUUGAUUAUAAAUUAGUUAUGGAAUUGAUCGACCAAUUAAGGCCAGAUGGAGAUGCACCUGUCUUAGCAGGACUUUUAAUGGGUUAUGCUGGUGUUUCCUCAUGUAUACCUGGAAGUAGCAGAGAUGUUGCGAUACAGGCACAUAUGAUUGUUUUUACUGAUGGGUCGUCAGAACAGUGUAAACUUUUAACAGAAGAUAAACAAAAUUCUAUUUUUGAUUUAAGAAGUCUUAGAGUACCAUCCGAUGUGAAUGGCGUUAUUGACGAGAUAACUACUUCCUCGACAAAGAUAUACUAUGUCCCCAUUGGCAGAAAUCAGUGCAACAAUAUUUUAGAACAAGCUGUAAGAAAAACAAAUGGGAAAAUUAUUCAAGUAAAUGAAAUGAAUCGCUUGAUCAGAAUGUCCAGAGUUAUGCUACUGGCGAUACGCAUAGCAUCUGAUAUACGCUAUUCAGAAAAUCAAACCAGAGAAGUCAUCCGGAUGAAAAUAUCAGAAUAUAUAGAUGAUAUUCAUGAUGACUGUUUAGAUAUGGUAAUAGAAUACAGCAACCCUUUAAAGUUUCAUAAUGAUCGAGGUCUAUAUGUAGAAUUAAAGUUAAACACGCUCAAACUUGGAGAUAGAGUAAGACGAGGACCGAAUUGGGCUUACGGCGAUAACGAUUUAGGUUUUGCAGGAACAGUUGUUGGGCAGGAUCGAGACGAAUGGGUGAUAAUAGAAUGGGACCAUGGAACACAAUGUGUUUAUCCAUAUGAUGAACAGACGGAUAUAGAUCAUAUAAUAAAAGUCAAUGAAGUUAGAAUGCUGGUGGAUGAGCUGAUAGCAGUUGGUUGUCGAGUUGUUAGAGGCCAGGAUUGGAAAUAUGGAGAUCAUGAUGGAGGCAAAGGAACGUUAGGAACAGUAUUGGGUAAACCAGAAGCAGGAAAAGCAGUGGUAAGAUGGGACAGAAAAAAUAUAGGCAUAUAUAAAAUGGGAUAUGACGCAAUAUUUGAACUAAAGUUGUGUAAUACUUUGCCAAGUAACAGCAAUACAAUACAGGAUGAGGAAACAGAUAAGGAUCACAAGGCCGGACAAUGGUUAAGGAAAAGAGAAAGUGUCAAACAUCGAAAUGCUUCAAAUACAAUCAAAACAAAUGAAUGUGAUCCAGAUGAUUACCUUAUUCCUAUAUAUUCAGAUGUAGCAGUCAGCGCUAUUUGGGAAUACCAGAAAGAUUCACAGUGGCAAAUAUAUCCUUCCGGAAUAAAUGUUAAGAUCGAAAAAGCAUAUCAGAAGAAAACAAAACGCAUCGUUAUUGAAAUGGACCGCAUAACAUAUUCAAUCCAUUUUUCGAGAAUGGUACAAGAAAAUGUUGACAAUAAGACUGAAAUGGCUGUUAGGAGGAAAGAUUGAAACUUGGUUCAGCGCUUACAACGAACUAUACUUCAUCAUAUGUGCAUGAUGUAUGCUACAAGUACAACAGCGAAAAAAAAACAAACUUUAAAUUUACAAAUGUCUUGUAGAUUAAAACAAUUCAUGUAUA